AUGGCUUCCAAGGAUGCUUUGAAACGGGUACUAUCCCAUUUGAAAGAGGGUAAGAUAUUGGGUAUAGCAAAUUCGUGGAACGAAAAGAGUUCUGCAUCGAUAUGGAGACCCGAUGUGAUAAAAUCUACAGCAUUAAAAUAUAGAAGUUAUAAUCCAUCACUGACAAGGGAUGAUUUCAAAAAUUUAGAACCGAAUGUCCUCUUUAAUUCAAAACCAAUAAACGGCACAGAUUUUGAACUUAUCAAAUGUCGAGAUCCAAAAUUCUUUCAGUUUAAAGAUCAAUACGUUCUUCUAUUUGAAAACCAUGAUUCUAUGGUGAAAUAUAUGCAGAACACUAGCUCCAGUAGAAUUAAUCAUGUUAGAGUUAAAUUUACUCCGCUACGAAUGGGUGAUAUGAUUGGUAUUAACUAUAUGAAUUAUGUGCAUAAUCUAUUGGCGGCAUACGAUUCAUCAGAAACUUAUUUUGAUAUGAUAAAGAGGAAAAGGGAACCGAUUGGUGAUAUAGAUUUACAAGAUUUGACACAAAUUGCACAACCUUUUGAAGAAAAAUCUGCGCUUAUAUGGGAUUUACCCCUAGAGACUAAACCGAUUCAUGUGAUGGAUAGAUUUUGGUUUUACGAUAUCAAGCACUGUUUCAAGUUGUAUUGGGAUCAUACUACUGGCCGUACGCUUUACUAUGUGGCUUUUAAUGAGGCCCAGGACUGUACGAAGUUUAGACGAAAUCUACACGGUUGUAAACUAGAUGAUUUGCCCAGAAAGCUACUCAUACAUCAAUUGAAAGGGUAA